AUGGCCACCGAACUCGCAAAUUCGAGUUCAAAUGAUCCACUGCAGACACUCGAGUCGUCGUCAGCCUCUGCCAGCCCAGCGGUGUCCCUCACCUUUCUGCUCUUGUCCGGCAAACGUAAGACGCUCGAGUUUGAACAGACGGAGACGAUAGCAAACAUCAAACAGCGUCUGGUAAACGAGUGGCCUCCAGAAUGGCAAGAUGAAGUCAAACCAGCAUCUAUAGCGUCCAUUAGACUGCUCUUUCUUGGCCGACUGCUCGCAGACGACGAAGUCUUAUCAGCAAAUCCGCGAUUCGCACCGCUCCCUGCACCCCCAAGCAUCGUCCACCUGUCUGUGCGGCCUCUGACGACUAGGCAUGCCUCCGGUACCGCAAGUCUCAAAAAGGGAGCCCUCUUACGCGCCGUCUCCCUCUCUGGUCGCACAAAUGCACCAGCCAGUCCACAAACUACGCAUCCACCGACAACAACGCAACCCCUAGAACCCGUCUCGGAGCAGACGGAAUCAUCAGGCUGCUGCGGUUGCGUCGUACUGUAG